AUGGUCCCCAAACGAUUUCGAAAGGAGAACGCCGGCGCGCGAGAGGUCAAGAGUGAGGUUUUCGGCGACAAAAAGGCUCGAAACCAGCUCGCACACACCUCGAAAAACUACGACAACGCCAACGAGCAGCCCCGCAAGUUCAAGAACCGGGUGGCCAAGCCCAAAGACAACGGCAAGCCCAAGGUCAAGAAGGCCCGAGUGUACACAGAAAAGGAACUGGGAAUCCCCAAAUUGAACACGGCCAUCGAUCCCGAGGGAGCCAAGAAGGCACUGAGAGGCAAGAAGGGCAAGAAGUUUGUGGAUAACGACCAAAUGAACCUGUUAGUUAGCAUUGUCAACGAGAAGAUUGACUCUCGAAACGCCAGUAAGCUGGAAAAGGCCCGUCAGCUGGAGAUGAUCCGAGAACAGAAGCGAAAGGAGAUUGAGAAGCGAGAGGCUGAGAAGGAGGCCGAGAUCGAGCAGAAGAAGAAGGAAAUCAAAAAGACCAGCCGAGGCAAGAGUGCUGACAAAGUGCAGAAGAAGAUGGAGGAGCUCAAGAAGAAGGAGGAGGGCAAGGGAAAUUCCAAGAAGAAGAGCGUCAGCUUUGCUUAA